AUGGCAAAUGUCGAUUUUGGUGAUUUAUCUGUGCAACGAGUUACCGAAGCCGAUUUUAAUGAUCUAAUUGAGUUUCUGAGGACUGAUUUUUUGCACAAUGAACCACUUAACAGAUCAAUUGAUCUCGCUGUAGAAGACACAAAAGGACUUUUUGAUGGUAACCAUGCUAUUUCUGAUAUCCUAAGAACAAUAGAAUAUUACUCUCACAAUCUCGUACAUUCCGGGAUUGCAUCAUCAUUGUCAUAUGCGCUUCGAGCCCGUGAUGGCCAAAUUGCUGCACUUAGACUGGUUGCUAUACUGGAUCGUCCCGAAAAACAUCUCAGUAAGGUAUGCAUCUUUCGAUAAUC